GACAAAGAGUAAUGAAAACACACAGCUUAAAUGCCUGACUUGCAAUUUUAUUGGUGCACAUUUAUUGGAUAUUUAAAUUGGGCGUGUAUUCAUGAAAGGCUCACUGGAGCAUCAUUUUACUCUUCCACCAUUACAUCAUUGGCAUGAUAAACUGCCAUUUUGUACAAGAAAGCACAUUGAAAUACUCAGUUGAGCUGUUAGAGUGAGAGGUGACUCCACAGAUAGAGACAGGAUGGUUUUGGGCACUCUUUUCUAAAGAGGUUUGAUGACCGAGAUACGCCUUGUCAGAAGUUUGAGUUGGUGACCUCAAAGGGAAAAAGAGAGUGAGGUAAGGGAGCGGAGAGAGAGAGGGAGGGAGGGUUCAGAACCCAUGUUCUAGGAGUUGAGUGGAGGAGAGAGGAAAGAAGCCACCCGAAAGACUAACAGAUUAUACCCAGAUCUAGCCGGGGAAUAUCAAUACUUCUGGAGAAUAUAACGCUGGCAGAGCAAGUCAAUAAUUGAGUUUUAAAGUAAUAAUUGAGGCCAGGUAGCACCUGACACUGGUAGCAACAACAACAAAAAGAGAGGCAGAAAUUAAAACAAAGAAAUAAAGACAGAAAUUAGAUGGAAAUGCGCAGUGGAGAACAAGUGUAACAGGUGUGGCCGAUGGAGAGAAGCCGGAGGGACUAACAUCCUAAGAUGGCGGAACUCAGAGUGUGACUGUUGGUGAGGAGUUUCGCCUACGUGCCGCCUGGGGCCAGCUUACAGUUUUUGCUGUGAGAUUUUGCAUUUUAACCAAGAACCUUUGGGGUAUUUUCUACGAAGCUUGUAUAACUGCACGUCGAGAAUAACCUUCGCAACUGGACAGCCGCACAAUUGUGUCCAGACUGCAGUGAUGGAGGCUGCAGCUCUGGGAUCUCUGCUGAGUGGGAUCCUCCUGGCUGUAUCUGUGGUGCUUCUGAUUGGCCUGUGUGGUGGCUGCAGGCGGUCCGCACACCGCACGACUAUCCCAGAACACUUCACCGACGACUACAUACAACAGGACCACAACCCCCAUGGAUUCAGAGUUGUGAGACCUACAUGCACGGUUCUUCCUGUCUCCACCAGAAGUUCAGGAAAUUCCACCCACCUCCCUUUUGCCAGUUCUCCUAUGCUCGAAAUGCAUCGUUGUUCUUCCCACAUUCCUCGUGUAGAUGGAGGAAGCCCUACCACCUAUGCGAAUCCUGCCUCUCAAGAUGACGACUACAUCAAUGAAAACCCUGACAGUGACGAGGAGUACAACGAGAAGGGAGAAGGCUACAUAGAGGUGUUGGCAGAUCCGCCUGUAGCUGUGUCCAAUUGUAGAUCUCAGCAGAGCCUGGUGUCCACGCAGAGUUCAGAUCACGGUAAUUACGUUAAUUUGGCUGAGGAUGAUAACCGUUCUGACGGCAGCAGUCAAAACUACAUUAACGUGGAAGCUGGUGGAGAGUGCUAUAAGCUUUCCCCAGGGGUCUCCCUUGAUAAUGUGGACAGUGACAACAACAGCAACUCAGACUACGUCAACACACGCGAGUUCAUUGACGAUACCACCCCUUCCCAAUAAGAGAGUUACCAGUGAAGCAUUAUAUCUGAGCCUGUUCUGCUAUACAGACCGUGGUGUGAUUUACCUGCAUAAGACGUAAACAAUGGUAUGCAGAACUGAAAUGACUCCAUGGGAAGCCAUUUGCAGGAACUGUUUUUUUUAUUUUUUUUAUUUUUUAAAAUCUGUUUAAUGUUAAAUAUUGUUAUUAUAUUGAUGACAUAAAGUCAGAUCAAAAAUAUUUCUGUAAUUUAGAAUGGGUCAUUAUGGGCAGAAAUUAGUGCAACAGUUUGAAUUGCAACUAUUUAAAUAUGUAAUGUUAAAGCUGAAUUAUUGCACUUAAAAAUGGAAUUUGUAUUCAAACUGAAUUUGUGUUUCACUAUUUGAAACUGAAUGUAAUGGUUUGAAAUUGAACUCGGUCUUUAUGCAUUCAAUUUGCACUCUUCAUUUCAACUUAAAAAUUCAACUUCAAUGUGCUCAAAUAAUUGCACCACAAAAGGUUAUGCCAUUCAAAUUCACUUUCUGUUGGCACUGAUCUCUGCCCAUGCAUAAUUUUAAAACAUUUUGUUCCCGCCAUUCUUCAUGGAAACUUCUCUUUUGAGUCUACAUAAUUAAAUGCAUUAGAGAUCAGACAUAAAUCAGAAGGAAGAGACAGAGGCAGACAGUUGUAUUUGUAAGUAAAGAAAAUCCUUUUAGAAACAGUUGUUGAUGACACUUGAGAAUGUUGUAUAAUAAUGUUUUUAUUAAUCUGAUAGUAAUAAUUUACACAUUUUGAUUGAUAAAGCAGUUGAAUUUUGUAUUGACAUGGGAUUUUUCAGUUUUGUUUGCUUUGUCUUAAAGUAGUUUCUUAUAUUUUAUUCUGUUUUAAUGUCUAAAAUAAAAACAUAAAAACUA